CAUUUUUUUUUUUAAGUAAACUCUACCUCCAACGUGAGACUUACACUCACAACCCCAAGAUCCAGAGUCGCAUGCUCUUGUGACUGAGCCAGCCAGGCGCCUCAAGGCACUUUCUACAUAGCAUCUAGUUCUUAAGAUUUCAGAGUAUUUGACCAAAUCCAAAAUUGCCUUUUGGACAUAUCUCUGGGUUCUUCAGCUCCCUCCUGCCCUGCUUGGUAGUGGGGCUGAUGGGUGCGCACGGAAGUGUCAUGGCUCAGACCCGAGGAAGGUUCCAUGUCACCUUCUGUAUCAGUGUCGUGGCUUGUCUAGCACAACGUAAGGCACAAUUAGCUGCUCGAAAAUUUUCAGAGAUUAAAGCAGGUUGAGCCUAAGAGUGAUAGUUGGCAUCUUUGACUUCGAAUUCUGAUCCUUUAUCAUGUGUGUCCCCAGGCAGGAGACCGAGUUGUUCUGCUCAUUGCCAAAAUGGGGAUUAGUGAUCUCCAUUCUCUGGGUUGUGGAAAGGAAGUGUCAAGCACGGGGCAUGGACCUGCUACUCAUCCGGUAACAUUGCCGGAAGGAAAGAACAGACAAAAGCCAUAUGUAAAUGUUAGUUUAAAUCCAUAAAAGCCAAGGUCACUGGAUAAUUUCAAGUUUCUCAGGACAUCACUGCCCUUCUCAACAACUAUCUAAAAAUAUGCUACGUGUACAUGGAUCACCAGGCUUUGCCUCUUUACUUCUAAGCAGUGAUGGCUGUGAGAAAAGGUUUGAAAGGACAAAGCUUCCUUCUGCCCCUCACCUAGAGCCCUGCUUUUCCAGAAGUUCCCAUGGCCUCCCUGAAAACUGUUAUUUCCCUCCAAGAUUUGGCAGCCUUCUUUAAUCUCAGUGAGAGACAUAAUUUCCCCUUUAAAAAAGGAUUGGGUGAAGGGCUACAGAAAAGGGGGUGUAACCUGGAUGUCACUCACUUGCUCACACCACAAGGUUGCUCCUUAAAGAAUUCCACUCACAGAACUGAGCCAAAAGAGGAGGAGAAGACCAGGGGGCCGGGCUUCUUAGGCAGGUAAGUCCAGAAGCCCCUCCUGGGGCCACCAAUGGUCUAACUGCUGCGUGACACUUGGCAAGUGAGCGAAAGAGCCUGAAACUGGAAAGCUUUCCAAGGACUAUACAGAGGAAAGUUGUGUGGGAAAUUUAGACCAUUUAGAACAUGGCAACCAAGCAGACAGAGCCGGUCACCGUCAUUAGCCUCCAGAAGCUGAGCCUGGAGACCCCAGAGCCACAGCCAAAAGAGUCAAAGACAUUCACCGUGGAAGACGCCGUGGAGACCAUUGGAUUUGGACGAUUCCACAUUGCUUUGUUUCUGAUCAUGGGCAGCACUGGGGUUGCCGAGGCCAUGGAGAUCAUGUUAAUAGCGGUCGUGUCUCCUGUCAUCCGCUGUGAAUGGCAGCUGGAGAAUUGGCAGGUGGCAUUAGUGACCACGAUGGUGUUUUUUGGCUACAUGGUAUUCAGCAUCCUCUUUGGCCUUCUGGCUGACAGAUAUGGCCGCUGGAAGAUUUUGCUCAUCUCGUUCCUGUGGGGAGCCUACUUCUCCUUGCUGACCUCUUUCUCUCCCUCGUACAUCUGGUUUGUCUUCCUGCGGACAAUGGUGGGCUGUGGUGUGUCUGGCCAUGCACAAGGGCUAAUCAUAAAGACUGAAUUUUUGCCUACAAAAUAUCGAGGCUAUAUGCUCCCCUUGUCUCAGGUUUUCUGGCUGGCUGGCUCCCUGCUUAUCAUUGGCCUGGCCUCUGUGGUCAUCCCCACCAUCGGGUGGCGGUGGCUCAUCCGCAUCGCCUCUAUUCCUGGCAUUAUCCUCAUCUUGGCCUUCAAGUUUAUUCCUGAGUCUGCUCGCUUCAAUGUCUCCACUGGGAACACUCAGGCUGCCUUGGCCACACUGGAGCACAUCGCCAAGAUGAACCGCUCCGUCAUGCCAGAGGGGAGGCUGGUGGAGCCCAUCCUGGAAAAAAGAGGAAGAUUUGCAGACCUAUUGGAUGCUAAAUAUUUACGGACCACAUUACAGAUCUGGGUCAUAUGGCUGGGAAUUUCUUUCGCCUACUAUGGAGUCAUUCUGGCCAGUGCCGAGCUGCUGGAGCGGGACUUGGUCUGUGGCUCGCGGUCUGAGGUGGUGGUGACUGUGGGGGACACAGAAGGGAGCCAGAGUCCCUGCCACUGCCACAUGUUUGCCCCCUCUGACUACCAGACCAUGAUUAUCAGCACCAUUGGGGAAAUUGCUCUGAAUCCUUUCAAUAUCCUGGGCAUUAAUUUCCUGGGAAGACGGCUGAGUCUUUCUAUCACCAUGGGAUGUACAGCCUUAUUCUUCCUUCUUCUCAACAUUUGCACAUCAAGUGCUGGCCUGAUUGGCUUCCUGUUCAUGCUGAGGGCUUUGGUGGCAGCCAACUUCAACACCAUCUAUAUUUACACUGCUGAGGUCUAUCCCACAACGAUGCGCGCUUUGGGGAUGGGGACCAGUGGCUCCCUGUGUCGCAUUGGUGCAAUGGUGGCACCAUUUAUAUCCCAGGUUCUUAUGAGCGCAUCCUUCCUGGGGGCCCUGUGUCUUUUCUCAUCAGUCUGCAUUGUAUGUGCCAUUUCUGCCUUUACUCUCCCCAUUGAGACCAAAGGACGAGCUCUACAGGUAAGUGAUGCAGAAAUCUCUUAAGUAUUCUCAGCUACCACCUUUUGACCAAAGGAAAUGACCUUGGAGCAUGGAAAUUCUUUGAAGUAGACAUGACAUCCAAGUGUGUACUGACACAAUGGUGUUGAGUAAAAAGCCUGAGUAUCCAGUUGGCUUGCAUGUAACUUUGAGCAGCACUGAAGCUAGAGUAACCAAUUAUUCACUCCAAACCUUUGCUAAACUCUUCAAAGACGAUAGUGUGGUGUGAUUUUCCCUGAAUAAUGUCUGUAUUCCACUAAAAUAACAACUAUAAAACUACCAUUGCCAUUACCAGGUACACAAAGGUAAAUGCGAGUCUCUUAAUUCAUUAUAAGUUUAUUAAGAAAUCAUCUAUUACUAGUUUCUAGUGUCUGACA